ACUCCCUGGCGAAAGUCUACGACACAUCCGGGAGCUUCUGCUCUGAGGGCUCCAGAAACUUCUGCACGCCGCGCGGCUAUAAGAGCGAGCCGCGCGCUCCUCCGACAGCUUCACUUCAAAGAGCGCUUCUUCAGGGCGAGAGCGAGGAAACACCGCAAUUGAGUCACUAUGGUGCGAGAAACUGGCUACUAUGAUCUCCUGGGUGUCAGCCCGAAAGCCUCUGCGGACGAAAUUAAAAAAGCCUACAGAAAACUCGCACUGAAAUACCACCCUGACAAGAACCCCAACGAAGGCGAAAAGUUCAAGGUCAUCUCUCAGGCAUAUGAGGUGCUGUCUGAUCCAAAAAAGAGGGACUUGUAUGACCAAGGAGGGGAACAAGCUAUCAAAGAGGGAGGCAUGAGCUCAGGAUCUUCACCAAUGGACAUAUUUGACAUGUUCUUUGGAGGUGGAGGCCGAAUGCAGAGGGAGAGACGAGGAAAGAAUGUUGUCCACCAGCUUGCUGUCACACUGGACGAGAUGUACAACGGUUCAACUAGGAAGCUUGGACUUCAGAAGAAUGUGAUUUGCGAGAAAUGUGAUGGUUACGGUGGUAAAAAGGGGGCCCUGGAGAAGUGCUCGACCUGCAAAGGCAGAGGAAUACAAAUCAGAGUGCAACAGCUAGGGCCGGGCAUGAUCCAGCAGAUCCAGAGUAUGUGCAGCGACUGUCAGGGCCAGGGGGAGAAGUUCAGCUCAAAGGACCGCUGCAAGAACUGCAGUGGACAGAAAGUGGAACGCAAGAAGAAAAUUCUAGAAGUACACAUCGACAAAGGUAUGAAAGACGGUCAGAAAAUAACAUUUCAUGGUGAGGGCGACCAGGAACCAGGACUAGAACCAGGAGACGUCAUCAUUGUUCUGGAUCAGAGGGAGCACCCGGUUUUCCAGAGACAAGGCAACGACCUGAUAAUGAAGAUGGACAUCAAACUGACAGAAGCCCUUUGUGGCUUCAGAAGGACUGUCCGGACCUUGGAUAACAGAACGCUUAUUAUCAGCACGAAUCCAGGUGAAGUAAUUAAGCACAACGACAUUAAAUGUGUUCAGAAUGAGGGCAUGCCAAUCCACAGGGAUCCCUAUGAAAGGGGAAUGCUCAUCAUUCAGUUCCAGGUGGAGUUCCCAGAAAACCACUGGCUCCCAGAGCAUCUCAUGUUCCAGUUGGAAAGACUACUGCCCCCCAGAGAGGAUGUGAUGAUCACAGACGACAUGGAGGAGGUGGACCUCUGUGAGGUGGAUCUAGGUUCCCAACAAAAACGCUACCAAGGAGAGGCUUAUGAGGAGGAUGAGGAGGGUCCAAGGAGCGGAGUGCAAUGUCAGACACAGUGAUCACAGUUUAGGUUCCAGUUGCUGUUGACUCAAGGCAAAGGACUUUAAAGCAUGAGUUGAACCAAAACAGCUGCCAAGGUUUAUUUUUUAUUUUUAUUUUUUUAUUGAUUUUGACAUGGAGAAUUGGUCUUCUGUUUUACAAACUGUAUAUUUUUUGUGUGUCCAUGAUUCUGUAUUUAAGAUCUACUCUUUUCUUCUGUUUUUCUUUUCUUUGUAUGUAUAUAUUUGUGGCCAAUGGCUCACUCGUUCUUUGCAUUCAGAACCAGAAAGGACGAUUUGAAUGCUUUAUGUGAAGGUAACCUCCGUUGUAACACAUUUUGGGUCUUUUAAUAAAGAAUAGGAAUCUUCAGCUGGAAA